AUGGCUGGUCCAAGAAUAGCCUGCAUUGGGGUGAUUGGCAAAGCCGUAUGUUCCUCAUGGCGAACUGGUGCUAAGAUGUAUACUUACCAUGCAAAACAGGAUAACCCCCUCCAUAUUUCUUUAUUUCCUCCCCACACCGAUGCCACGAUUGAAUUCUCCUUCCUCCUCAACUCCUGCCUUGACAUAUUCGAGAUUCACCGCAAACAGACCUCCAUAGACCAAGAUCUGGGUCUCUUACAGGCAGUCGACGAAAGACUUGCUGCUUACGGCUGGCUCACAACCACGGGGGUGAAGCUAUUGAUCAUUGUGGAUGUAUUUGGUCUUGGAAACACACCUAGCAAGCUGACAAGCUUUGCAGCCAAUGGCCUACGAGAUGCAGAUCUGAAGCCUGCAUUCCGAGCACUGCAAACUGCAUAUAUUCAGCUAUUGCAGAACCCCUUCUAUUCCCCGGAUAAACAUGCCCCGGGACCUGGAGCAGCAGUAGGAUCAGCAACCUCUUGCGAACCAAUUUCCAAUUCAAGGUUCAUAGCAGACGUCAAACGAAUUGGCGAAACAUGGACCCCUGGGACUGCGAUAUAG